AUGUUAUUCAGAGUAGAGCCCAGCAUGGAGUCUUCUUCCCAAUGGGCCUUUGUUUCGUCUGCAGUCGGGGUGAUGACCUGCAGUAAAUUCUGGUACUCGUCCACCUUAUUGAGCAACAGCUCCUUAUCGUCGCCGUCGUCGCUCGCCAACAUCUCUAGGGUGUCCAGCACCUUAGAUCCCAAGUUCAAAUGGAGCGAGGACGUGAAAACCAUGGAUAUAUCGAUCUUCACCAUGGACAAGCUGCGAACAAUGUUUUUGAUCGACACGAGCGAGUGCGGCGACGGAGUCAGCUGGUUCACCACAAUCACCAUUUUGGACGGCUUGUGGCCAAAGUCCAGCGAAUUGAUGGUGCUUUCAUAG